GUUCCGCAUUCCCAAAUCCUCCCAGAUUGGGAUCACGUUUAAAAUCGGGCUGAUGCAACGAUUUCCACUUUUUAAAAUCUACUCUCGACCAUCGGCUGACCAGAAGAAAGGACAUUUGUUGCACCUGGGAUCAAAGUCAGCUGUGGUCACGACCGAGUCUGACACGAUGCCAGGACAAAUCCCAGACCCCUCUGUGACAGCAGGCUCCCUGCCCAGCCUGGGCCCACUGGCUGGGAUCUCAGCCACCACGCUCACUGACAAGCUCAAAUUCGGUGACUUCCAGGAGUUCGGUACAAUGCUGUCGCCGCUGCACUUCCUGGACAGUCUAGGGAAGAGGCCCCUAGUGAUCAAAACAGAGAGAGAUGAAGAGGAAGAGCGGAGGAAACGGAGGCGAGAGAAAAACAAAGUGGCUGCAGCUCGAUGUCGAAACAAAAAGAAAGAAAGGACAGAUUAUCUACAAAAGGAAUCAGAGAGACUAGAGAUGUUAAAUUCUGACCUUAAAGCCCAGAUUGAGGAGCUGAAGCUCGAACGACAGCAACUGAUCCUCAUGCUUAACCGCCAUCGCCCCACGUGUAUUGUCAGGACAGAUAGUGUCAAAACCCCGGAGAGUGAGGUGAACCCCCUGCUGCAGCAGCUGGAGGCUAAGUGAAAGUCCGACGGCUUUCUACAGUUUCUACAGUUGAGAAGAAGCAGCCGACUAGCAGCACUUAGCUUUGGGCCUCGGUCAUGGAGGAGAACCAUCCAAGUCUUCCUACCUUAAGUCACGGAGCGUCACACCACAGAAUGUGGAUCCAAUGAGAUUGGACAUUGUUUUAGAUCAUCAACAGAUACUUCAGACUUCUUUUUCUUUCUGUCUCUUGCUUUCCCAUUAUUUGUCAUUUUGGUCACUAGCAUGAAGUUAAACAAAAAUAUUGACAAAUUACCUCACAGCUGCUUUUCAACAUAUUCCCAGCAGCCAGAAUGGAGUUUUGUUGCAAAAAAUCACCAGUAGUUAAUGUCAUCUUAGUAAUUUCAGUAAUGUAUUUGGUGAUUUACAAAUGAAUGAUUUUUAUUUGUUGAUUGGCAAUUUUUAAAGCAAAUUUAAGCCAAAACUGAACUGAACUGAACACAGUUGUAUCUAUAUACAAAUAGACAUCUUGUUUUAAUGAGUGGUUGCAAUACCUCUGAAAAAUGAAUGCCCCAAAAGACCUGGAUUGUCCCUUCUUAAAAUGCAUUCUGGGAAUCAUAGGAAUUUUAACUGAACUACAAUUUGAAGAGGGCAGUUGUGGGAAAAUGGGUAUUUAGGAAAAUAACAACUGGAAUGCAUUAACCAUCACAUUUUCUCCUAAUAAUAGUAAAUUUCUUAUUUUUCUAAUGCAACACUUGCACUCACACACAGUCAGAAGACCUUUUGCUUUAUAAUAACCUUCCUGAUUUUCUGGUCAUUUGAGUAAUUUCAUUAAUUUGGUGGAUCCCCAGACCCAUUAUUCUUAAGUUUUGACGCAGGCGUCAUGUAUGCACAUUUAUAUAUGGACUGUUUACAUUGUACAUUGUAUUACUUUAUUUCUGUUAUCCAUAUUGUUACUACCAAUUAUGUUUAUGUUUUUUUUUAAUACUUUUGUAUAUGAUGUUAUAUAAGCAUAUAAGCUAUCACAAAAUCCCAUUUUGUAUUUCCAUAAAAAAUAAAUGUUUACUUUGUU